AUGAACGCACUCCUGAUCCUCGCCUUUGUGGGCGCCGCUGUUGCUUUCCCUUUCCCCAUUGACGACGAUGACAAGAUCGUCGGGGGCUACACCUGCGAGGAGAAUUCAGUCCCCUACCAGGUGUCCCUGAACUCCGGCUACCACUUUUGCGGCGGUUCCCUCAUCAACGAGCAGUGGGUGGUGUCCGCGGCUCACUGCUACAAGUCGACAAUUAACUCAGAAUUUUCAGGAAGAGGCUGUGAAUAUGGCCGCAUCCAAGUGAGGCUGGGAGAGCACAACAUCGAAGUCCUGGAGGGGAACGAGCAGUUCAUCAACUCGGCCAAGGUCAUUCGCCACCCCAAAUACAGCUCCUGGACCCUGGACAAUGACAUCAUGCUGAUCAAGCUGUCCUCACCCGCCACCAUCAACGCCCGGGUGUCCGCCAUCUCCCUGCCCAGCGCCUGUGCUGCCGCCGGCACCGAGUGCCUCAUCUCCGGCUGGGGCAACACCCUGAGCUCCGGCUCCAACUACCCGGACCUGCUGCAGUGCCUGAACGCGCCCCUGCUGAGUGACGCCGAGUGUCAGGCCGCCUACCCUGGGGAGAUCACCAGCAACAUGGUCUGCGCCGGCUUCCUCGAGGGCGGCAAGGAUUCCUGCCAGGGUGACUCUGGUGGCCCUGUGGUCUGCAACGGAGAGCUCCAGGGCAUCGUCUCCUGGGGCUAUGGCUGUGCCCAGAAGGACAGGCCUGGAGUCUACACCAAGGUGUGCAACUACGUGGACUGGAUUCAGGACACCAUAGCUGCCAACAGCUAAAGCUACUCCCAAGUCCCUCUGUGAUCACAAUGCCAAUAAAGACGUGACUUUGCACUCACUG